AGGAGGACCACCUCUGCAGGACCACCUCUACAGGACCACCUCUACAGGACCACCUCUACAGGACCGCCUCUACAGGACCACCUCUGCAGGACCACCUCUACAGGACCACCUCUACAGGACCACCUCUACAGGACCGCCUCUACAGGACCACCUCUACAGGACCACCUCUACAGGACCACCUCUACAGAGGAGGACCACCUCUACAGGCCUCUACAGAGGAGGACCACCUCUACAGAGGAGGACCGCCUCUACAGGACCACCUCUACAGGACCACCUCUACAGGACCGCCUCUACAGGACCGCCUCUACAGGACCACCUCUACAGGACCGCCUCUACAGGACCACCUCUACAGGACCACCUCUGCAGGACCACCUCUACAGAGGAGGACCACCUCUACAGAGGAGGACCGCCUCUACAGGACCACCUCUACAGGACCACCUCUACAGGACCGCCUCUACAGGACCGCCUCUACAGGACCACCUCUACAGGACCGCCUCUACAGGACCACCUCCACAGGACCACCUCUACAGGACCACCUCUACAGGACCACCUCUACAGAGGAGGACCACCUCUACAGGACCGCCUCUACAGAGGAGGACCACCUCUACAGGACCACCUCUACAGGACCACCUCUACAGAGGAGGACCACCUCUACAGGACCACCUCUACAGAGGAGGACCACCUCUACAGGACCACCUCUACAGGACCACCUCUACAGGACCACCUCUACAGAGGAGGACCACCUCUACAGGACCACCUCUACAGAGGAGGACCACCUCUACAGGACCACCUGUACAGGACCACCUCUACAGAGGAGGACCACCUCUACAGGACCACCUCUACAGGACCACCUCUACAGAGGAGGACCACCUCUACAGGACCACCUCUACAGAGGAGGACCAACCAGGACUGCCUCUACAGGACCACCUCUACAGGACCACCUCUACAGGACCACCUCUACAGACAAGGACCACCUCUACAGGACCACCUGUACAGGACCACCUCUACAGAGGAGGACCACCUCUACAGGACCACCUCUACAGGACCACCUCUACAGAGGAGGACCGACCAGGACCACCUCUACAGGACCACCUCUACAGAGGAGGACCGACCAGGACCAGCUGUACAGGACCACCUCUACACUGAUCCAGCAGGUCUUACUAUGUCCAGAGGGACCUGGUCCCGGUCUUUGAUUCAUCUCCUCAAAUUUUAGUUUAUCCUUUUGUGUCUUGUUGGCCUCAUCAGCUGGUCCAGACCUGGUCCUGUACCUGGUUCAGACCGGGCCCAUCAGCUGGUCCAGACCUGGUCCUUUACCUGGUUCAGACGGGGCCAAUCAGCUGGUCCAUACCUGGUCCUGUACCUGGUUCAGACCGGGCCCAUCAGCUGGUCCAGACUGAGUCCUGCACCUGGUUCAGUAUGGGACCAGAGGACCAGAGUUCUUGAACUGGAUCAGAUAUGAACAGAAAUGGACCAGUUUCAGUCAGAGCUGCUCCUCCACCCGACCAGAACCAUAAAUCCAGGACCCGUCAGACCCCCCUGCUCUGGACUCUGACUGAGGCUCUGUUGGACCUCAGGACCCAACAAAGACACUUUGUGUUGGAGCUUCCUGCUGGGAGCUGCAGGCGGACCAGUAAGGACCAGUUCAGAGAUAAGAGCUGAGGGGGUCAGGACCAGCUGCUGGGUCCAAACAAAGGAGGUUCCUGGACCCUCAGGAUGCAGGUCAAAGGUCAAACAGCUUCAAAACCUGACAAUACAGUACACACAACUAUA